AGGAGACGCAGAGGGGGCCGCCUGAGCCGUCAGUCCUGCGCCAGACGGGAAGCUGGGCGCCCGAUAUGGACUUCCCGGAAAGGCUCGAGUGCGUCUUCAUAUUGGGGUGGAGGGAGUUCCCUUUUCCCCGCCCCCAGGCCGCGGCGUGGCUGGGCCGGGGGCGGAGCUGGUGGCGGAGGGCGGCCUCGGGCCGGCAGGGCGGACAGGCGUGGACUGGCGAGCGAGCUGGCCCGGAGGGAGGACCGGCCAGAAAGGAGGGCGACUCGGUGCGCUGGGCUGUGACCCGCGCGCGGCCUGGCCGGGCGGGCCUCGUGGGUGAGCGCCCGCGCCCCGCGAGCGCACACACGGCCCAGCCCCCGCUUCCACUUUCAUUUCGUCGGCUGUCCCUGUCCCGGCCUGUCACUGCCCGGAGGCGACUCGGCCCGAAGACAAGCUGGCCACAGCCUUCGGCCCAGGCUGGGGUCCGAGGCUCCGAGCUGCGGAAGUCGGAGCAGGGCAUCCUCAAGGUCCUGCCCCUAAACACCCAGCCUGGCCAUGGCGCUGUGCCUGAAACAAGUGUUUGCCAAAGACAAGACAUUCCGGCCGCGCAAGCGCUUUGAACCAGGCACCCAACGCUUUGAGCUUUACAAAAAGGCACAGGCUUCGCUGAAGUCGGGCCUGGACCUGCGCAGUGUGGUGCGGCUGCCUCCUGGCGAGAAUAUCGAUGACUGGAUCGCAGUGCACGUGGUGGACUUCUUUAACCGCAUCAACCUCAUCUACGGCACCAUGGCCGAGCGCUGCAGCGAGACCAGCUGCCCAGUCAUGGCUGGUGGACCCCGUUACGAAUACCGCUGGCAGGAUGAGCGCCAGUACCGGCGGCCGGCCAAGCUCUCUGCGCCGCGCUACAUGGCUUUGCUCAUGGACUGGAUUGAGGCUCUUAUCAACGAUGAGGACGUCUUUCCCACGCGUGUCGGAGUUCCCUUCCCCAAGAACUUCCAGCAGGUCUGCACCAAGAUCCUGACCCGCCUCUUCCGUGUCUUUGUCCAUGUCUACAUUCACCACUUCGACAGCAUCCUCAGCAUGGGGGCGGAAGCCCACGUGAACACCUGCUACAAGCACUUCUACUACUUCAUCCGCGAGUUCAGCCUGGUGGACCAGCGGGAGCUGGAGCCGCUGCGGGAGAUGACUGAGAGAAUCUGUCAUUGAGCCGGGCCUGGACAUGUGCCCAUCAGAUGGACAUCUGAACGCAGACUGGUGGGGGAGGGGACACCCAGGAGUCUGGCGGCAGAGGAGUCAGAAAGCCCAGGACCCUCCAUGAGGCCAAAGCCCCUGGACUUCUGGAGGGCAGAGUCUGCCCACGUAUCCCCCUGACUGAGGAAGGUGGGCAAAGAAAGAAAAGGAGGGGCUAAGCCUCUGGCAUGAAAUCGGGGAGCAGGGUUGGCCAGAGGAUUUCUUCCCACAUACUUGGCCCUUCCAUGGUGCUUCCCAUGGGGAACCAUGCAUGUGGCUGAAGUGAUGGCAAGAAACGUGCAAGAGAGCAAGCAACCUGAGUGUGAGUGUAUGAGAGAUUUUAAUGAUGGAGUCUGAGAGGUAACUGCUUUUGACCCACCCUGGUACAUAGUGGCCCCCUCAUAAGCACUGGAUGGAGGGAUGGGUAGAAGGAUGGAUGAGUGGAUGGAUGGAUGGAUGAUGGGACAGAUGAAUGGAUGGACUGGUGAAUGGACGAUGGGUGAGUGGAUGGAAGGAUGGAGGUGAGUGGAUGGAUGGAUUAGGACCAUCAGACCAUGACCUCUGUGUAAUGACAGAUCAGCAGUGCUCCCUGCUCAGUGUAUGUGAUAAUUGUGCAAGAGCCUGAGAUAUGGUGUAGAUGCAGCUCUACAUUUGAACCUGUAGUAGUAACCUGGGGCAAGCUAAGAGGGGGAGCCUGUUCUGACCACCACAGAGGUUCUGAUUUGUUCAGCCAGAGGUGCCCCUGGGCCAUUUUUUCAUUCAUCCCUAUGUUUUCAGAAGGGGCUGACUCUAGACUGCCUCAUGGGGGCUGCGGAUGAUCCUUUGGGUCUACCAGGGUACCCUGGCCCU